GCUAUUUUUCCGCUUGUCCCUGAAUGCAUCACUCCCUUCUGCGUCAGAUCCAUCAUGGCGGCGCCCCGCACCGUGGACGGAAUGGAGGCUGGAAACACUGAAACCGGCUUGACGCUGUCAAAUUCUUCCUCAGGGGACCCAAAAAGACCUCAGUUCGGGACGCGCUUCCUUACAGACCCACGGCAGGUCUUCCAGCACAACGCAUGGGACAAUGUGGAGUGGACUGAUGAGCAGGAAGAAGCUGCAAAGAAGAAGGUUUUGGAAAACAAUCAGCCUCUGCCUCCAGAGAAACAAGAGGAAUACGACAGCCGGGAGUGGUUUUACACGAUACACGAGAAUCGUUUCUUCAAAGACCGUCAUUGGCUCUUCACAGAGUUUCCAGAGCUGGCCCCACUGUGUAACCCGAACCAUGCACUUCAUCCAAACGCAUUGGGCAUGGACAUCAGCCAGCAGGAUGAGUUUGAUCAAAAACAAUGCAGGGAUUUUGCAACUUUGUCUGACGACAACAUUGACUCUCCAGGCUCCUCUGCAACAUAUCGCAUCCUGGAGGUUGGUUGUGGUGUGGGGAACACAGUUUUCCCAAUUCUCAAGACAAACAAUGAUCCUGGACUUUUUGUUUACUGCUGUGAUUUCUCCAGCACUGCUGUGGAAUUAGUGAAGGGUAAUCCAGAGUACGAUUCGAAGCGCUGCUUUGCCUUUGUUCAUGACUUGAGUGAAGUUGAAGCCGGCUUCCCUAUCCCUGAUGGAACUCUUGACGUUAUAGUGCUGAUCUUUGUGCUAUCAGCUCUGCAUCCUGACAAGAUGCAGGCCUCCAUCAGUAGAUUAGCACGUCUGCUGAAACCAGGUGGCGUGAUGCUGCUCAGGGACUAUGGACGCUACGAUAUGGCACAACUGCGCUUCAAGAAAGGGAGAUGCCUCUCAGAAAACUUUUACGUCAGAGGGGAUGGAACUCGAGUGUAUUUCUUUACUCAGGAUGAGCUUCAUGAGCUGUUCACCGAGGCCAGACUGGAAAAGGUGCAGAACCUUGUGGACAGGCAACUCCAGGUGAAUAGAGGGAAACAGCUCACCAUGUACAGGGUUUGGAUCCAGUGCAAGUACCGCAAGGCUUUGUGAGACGAGGAAAAAUCUCACCUAAAAUAACAAAGAUUGCCGUUUUAUCCGGAAGACAUUCGAAACAAUGGGAUAGUUGAAUGGGUUCUUCUUAAACUGGCUGCCAUAAAGCUGAUGGACCUUUUUUAUUUGCACGUUUAUUUGGCGAGAGAGUCCCCAAAUGGAUGACUGUUCUGCUGAUGAGUUGUGUAAUUGAAAAUGGACUGGUUGCCUCUGUAAAACGGUUUCGAUUGGUUUUAAUCUGUACAGUUUCCUAAAUAAAUUGCAUGAUCUUUUUGUAUAUGAUCUUUUUGUACAUGCUAAAUUAAAACUGUUUUACUUAGUACGGAAAA